AUGCUUCAGCCCGGCGCAAUUACUGGCGGUGGUCGAUGGGGCUCCGUGGCAUACCAUGUAUGGCUCCAUAAGUCGCAGGCUCUGUUUACAAUUGCCAGCGACGAGGAAGUGGAGGCAAGGCUACAUACUGGCCUGGACAACAUCAAGCUUCCUACAGCGGACAGCAGCGCCAUCCUGAAGUACUUCGCUAUGACCAACGUCUUCGCUCCUGGGAAGCACACGAUUCAAGUGGACAGUGCUCCAAAUGCUCAUCUACCUUACGACCUCAUCAUUUUUGGCAACGUAGAGCCAGCAGAAGAAAGUCCCACAGUCCAGGCCAUAGCCAUCAUUAGCAUUCAGUUUGCGCCCGAUAAUGUCGUCAACACCGCCCCGAAGAGCAACGAGGACUACCGCCGCGAUAUGCCAGGUGACAAGCCAAUCCUCAAACAAACCUUGGACAUCCUGGCCGAUGGCAAGACUGACGAGAUUCAAAUGUUGAUAGCUGGGGGAUCAGACUACCAUAUCAACACUGAAGCCUCGAUCAAGACGGCCGAGGCGGACGACGCUGAUUACUCGGCCUCCUUCGAGCUCAACCAAUUCGGAGGCAUGUACGAGUUCAUCCAGCCGGACAGCUUAAAUAAGGCCGUACUGGUCGUCGACUCUGCCAACUUACGCGUUUACAUCAACGGCGACCAUGUCCACAACGAGACAGACAACAAUGGAAACAUCGUAUUCACAAACGAUGGCUACAAGUAUGUUCUACGCUUCAGCCUGGCUAAGGCUUCGGUGGACGAUGAAGCAGUCUUCACGACGUUCAAGGGCACGCGCAGCAAGUCAGGAGAUGCAGCCGCCGAGAACGUGGCGGGCAGGAUGAGCAAAAGCCCACCCCUGGAUAGCACUAUUGCAUUGACGCCGUCCAGCACAAUCCCCUCGUAUAUUUUUGGUGCAAUUGGAGACACUUACUUUAUCGCAGCGUAUGUCAGUGACAAGGUGGUCAAAUACCACGACUGGCAUGCGCGGAAGUUGCUUACUGCAGAGGAGACAAAACGUAAGGCACUCAAGCGCAUUGCCCAGGUACCCCAACAGCACGUACCCUUCUCGGCCUUGGAGCCACAGAUAUUCCAGGACCAGAUCGGAGAUAACGCGCUCAAGAAGGCGGCCGCCGACGCUGCGCACGCGAAACUUGUGAGCAAGUGCAACUCUGUCCUUGGACUGUACUUCAGCGCGCGGAUGCAGGCGGUCGAGGGUGUGCUGACCAGCGACGAGUCGAAGGCUCAGUUGCACAGACUUGCAGAAGCAGAGCUCGAUAAGCGUCAGGUUCUCGUCAGAGGCCUUACCAAAGAUUCAGUCUAUAUUAAAACGCUCGUGGAGGUAGAAGUGUUGAAAAAGAGGUACGAGGACCAUAAGAAGGCCCGCGACGUGAACAACUCUCUGGUGGCUACCUUCAAGGACCAACGGGCAAAUUUCGAACAGGAAUUAACUCAAACUCAGACAGAUCGUGCCAGAGAGGCAGGAAGGCUGAAGGAUAAGCAGAAUCAAUCUGACACAGAUAUUGACAAGAAUGCUACCAUUAAGAGCAUUAAGAAGAGGAUUAAGACCGCAAAGCAGGAUAAGCAGGAUUGCAGGAAUAAACGUAACACAGCUAUAUAA